UGACCACCCAUCACGGGUAUCCAUCUGUUUGUUUACUCUUCCUAAAUUAUCGGUUGAUAUGAACACAAGGAGAAAUCUAGGGCUUUAAUACUGACAAUUUGUUAUCUAUAUGUGAAAUAGGAUCGGUCAAUCUUCAUGUUCCUACUCACAACUCGCGUUGGAGGUCUGGGGGUAAAUCUAGUGGGCGCAGACAGGAUUAUUAUUUAUGACCCCGACUGGAACCCCAGCACGGACACGCAGGCGCGUGAACGAGCCUGGAGAAUUGGCCAGAAGAAACCUGUCACUAUAUAUCGCCUGAUCACUACUGGUACAAUAGAGGAGAAGAUUUAUCAUAGGUAAGAGAGAGGGGACGGCCUCAGGCGCAGCGUUUGUGAUCAACAGUCGCCUACUUGGCACAGGCUGCGUGUUUUUCCGCCUACAGUUGGGCUUAAAAUUUUAGUGUGAUUUGUCUUGCUUUUUUCGCUCUUAUAUUCCGUGCAUGAUUUCGCGCGCUUGCAUUCUUUCGAACUGGCAGACGUUUUGUAAAAUGAUGACUUGUUCAAGUAACAAAUGCUUUACAUGCACUUACUGCAGACAUUUCGUUUCUAUACCCUGUCUGUGUGUUAAUUUCGCGAUUCUUAUUCAAACGUUCGGCGAUGCGCAAAAUCAAUGAAAUAUGCGAAACUACUGCCGCUCAAGAAUUUGUCAUUAUUUCAUCUGACGUGUUGAAUAUCUGCUCCAGGCUCUUCAUUAGAUUCUCAAGGCAUCCGGGCGAAAAAUUUUGAGACAACGGUGAGGAACAGAAAAAUGAACAUCAAUCCGUUUUUUUUUUUACCCUAACCCUAACCCUUACUUUGUUUACGAAUCAUUAAUCUGUCAACGUCAGUUUGGCGGAUGGAAAUAAGUGUUGACCGCAGCCUCGUUCCCAGGAUUGUUCCCGCCCCUCCCAGUGUCCAAGGGGUGUGCCCUGGGGACAAGGUUGCACUAUCUGACCACUUGAAAUGCGUAAAUACAUUACAAUGGCAGAGCACAUUGGCUCACCGCAGCCAUAACUGACUUCAAAUUGUAUCUCUUGGCAGGCAAAUUUUUAAACAGUUUUUGACUAACCGAGUGCUCAAGGACCCAAAGCAGCGAAGAUUCUUCAAAUCUAAUGAUCUUUACGAGCUAUUUACUCUGGACAAUUGCGACAAGCGCUAUGGCACAGAGACGAGCGCCAUUUUUGCUGGAUCUAACUGCGAAGUCAAAGUUCCUGGAGUCCACAGAAAAAAGAGAAAAAUGACAGGAGAUGAAGAUGCCACUUCCAAGGAGAAGAAGGGGACUAAGCAAACGGAAAAAGAGGUUAGCAAGAAGGUGCAAGAUGAAGGGAACGACAGUGGAGCGUUCUGUAUCGAUUGGAGAGACAUUCAGGAGGCGAAAAAAUUAACGAAUGAUGAAAUAGAGAAAGAUAAAAUCAGCAUUUGCGAGGGGGACGAAGGAGAGGUCACUGAAACGGGGAAACAGAUAGUCGUUGGAAAUAUAGAAAACAGAAAGAAAAUUGAGCAAAUGAAUGCGACUGCAAGUGAAAAUUUUACAGAGGAAAAUGCAGUUUCUAAAGCUUCCAGUAUUGCUGAAAAAGAACAAGUCGCCUCGUCCCCAUCUGAAGUUACUUCAAUUCCUGCAAGACAGGAUGGAGUAAUCAACAGCUCGCUACAGCUGAGAGUGGAAGCAAAAACAGAAAGAAAGAAAACAGUGGCAUUUGCGGCCGAAAAUCCUGUAAGUGGAGAAGGCGCGAAAAAUCAAGGGACUAGUGGCGGAUCUCCCAAGAAUCGCAAGAACAAGAUUUCGUCUUUAAGCGACCAGGAGCUGAAAAAGAGAAUCAGAAUUAAAGAAAAGAAGAAAAAACGUCGAAGAGCAAGUAAGUGAUUCUUGAUAAUUGCUUGAUUGCUUGAUAUCAUUUUGAUCUUAUUGACAAUAAGAACGUCGCAUCAUUUUGGUCAGUCACAAAUUAUUAGGAAGCUUGCAACAUAAACUUAAGUACCGUUGUUUUUAUCUUUCAUGUUUACCGGCUUCGUAACCAGUCUUUUCCACCAACUAAGUGUAUAUUAUGAACCGGACAUCUGAGCGGAAACCAUCAGUCUGUUUUCUAGAGAGGAGGAGGAGAUAAUUCAUCCAUUUAAGAAAAAGAAACAAAAAUAAUACUGUGCGCUUGUGAAUAAGAUGUCUUUUUGUUUAAAAGAAAUUGACGGUCAGGCUAUCGAAAACCUGGAUUAUCAUGAAAUGUACAACCCUUCCAAUGCAAGUCAGUCAAGUGCUGAAGAAAUGGAGGAGCAGAAACAGCACAGUGCCCAUCAAGACGAGUUCAUUCUCAAGCAUCUCUUCAAGGAAACAGGUAUUAGAUGAAGGCAGCUAAAAAGUGACACUAUUUUAGAAUAGCCCUAAUCUUGGGUUCUAAUUGACAGAUUUAUAAUUCUGUCGUGUGGAUUUCAAACAAAGAAUAAAUAUUAAUCCGGUCAUUUCGAUUUUAAAAUUACCACAGACUUCAAACACAGAUGACACAUUUUUAGGGUUACUCUCAGCCUAUGAACAGGUUCCCGGGGGUCUCUUUUCCCGUCCCCGAUCCCCUGUCCGCUCGUGGCUUCGGCCUUCGGUCGACCCUGAAGCAUCCCGCCGCACGCGAGAAAAAUAUAUGGUACACUGGGUAUCGCCUCGUUUAAGGGGGUGAAAAUUUCAGAUUUUGUUGUCACUUAGAGUGUUUAGGACGAAACGCCUACAUUUUUUUGCCCUCGGGGUGCAACUGUUCUCGAAGACUGUCUUCGUAUACACGCGCGGCAAUCGUUUUAAAGCACUUGUAUACUUAAAGUAACUCUUUUUAUGCUCUCCCGAGAAAUUAGCCAAUAGCAUUCGACAACAAUUUUAUAGGUGUACACAGUGCCUUGAAACAUGACGUCAUCAUGGAAUCUAGUAAUCCUGAUUUAGCCUUGGUUGAAAGCGAGGCAAAUCGAGUCGCAGAGAAUGCUGUUAAAGCGCUCAAACGGUCACGCCGGCAAUGUCUGGGUGCGGCCAGUGGUGUUCCUACUUGGACAGGCUCAUCAGGCUCAUCUGGUCUGUCGGAACCACCCCCAAAAAGGUGAAUAUAGACACGAAAAUUAUUUGUAGUGGUUGGUAUGUUUUUAAUGUUAGUCUGUCGUGUCAAGGUGGAAAGAUGGUAUAGCUUGCGUAGCCUGCGUGCAAGCCAUCCAUUUAUGGCGAGCGAACGUGCGGCGAAGCCCGCCCCACGCACUCGCGUUUCCUUUCGCGGAAUCUCUCGCGACUCAGAUGACCUUGCUCUCAGGCUAUAGUUUGCGUAGUGACCUUUCAUGUGUGAGCAAAGCACAAAAGUAGGGGUAAAGCAAGACCAAGUGCCCACCGUCCCGCUGAACCACUCGCCCUGUUCUGCACAUGGAAACGCAGGCGAGAGGUGGUGGGGAAAUUUACAUUGUGAUUCAAGAUCCCACCUAGGGGACCCAGGGGGGUGGAGAUAUGGUUGCUGCACGCCACUGAACCACUCGCCUUGUCGCAUGGAAGCGCUUUAUACGCUGGCUAGAGGUGGUAGGGAGAAUUACAUUGUGAUUCAAGAUCCCACCCAGGGGACCCGGGGAGAUAGAGGUAUGGUUGUUUUUCUCUCUUGUUUAGAAAAUGGUCGCAGCUUUUCGAUAUUUGGUGAAUUCAACGAGACUUUUGAUGUCCGGCGUGUGGAUUGUUUUCUUUUGUUCCUAAAAAAUGCUCUUCAACUCUUCACUAGACCAUCUUUUUGUUCUUCUCUCUUAUUUCAAGCAUACUUGAGAUAACAUACCAGCUUGCUAGUUUUAAUAUGGUUUGCUUUGCAUUCCUUUGCAGACCCCGCUUUGGACAGAAGAAGAAAUCUACAGCAACACAGCAACUUGCACAAGUAAGGAUUAUGUAUAUAUAAAUUCACGGUCAAUUUCUUUGGUGAUUACAAAGGAUAAGAGCAAGGCUUGAAUUACUUUGUUGUGGUCUGAAUAGAACUUUCGAGCGUUUGCCCUAUUUCCUUCUUUCUUAGGGUUUUAGGUACCCUUGUAUCCGAUUUAGAAGCUGUCCUUUGCUCUGGCGGUGUAGGCGUGUAGUGUCCGUGCAGUAUAUAGGAUUUCAGAAUGGACAGCAGUACACUGGUUUUACGUGGUCACUGGAGAGUGCGUGGUCUUGGCCGCGAGGAAGGAGGGCGCGUAAUCCUUUCUCGCGCGUAUCGCUUAUCGGCUCGCGCCCCAUUUUUCUUGUGCAAGGUAGAGUGAGUCUCGCGAGAACUUCCCGAUUACCGGUCAACAUUGCUGUGACAUUUUACGGCCGUUGCGCGGCUCCGCCUACCUUGUGUUUAGGUUUUAUACGGUGAUCAACAGAGCUAUGAAAUAUUUUGAUAAACUUUAUUCAUUGCUACUGUUUAUCCACAGCCCUCGUCAAGCACAGAUCCCAAACCUCACUUUAGUGGCGAUCAAAUGGGCAUGAGCAGUGCAACCGCCGAAGGUUCGGAACCAGUCCACUCAAGUCAACUGCUCGCCAAAAUGCGAGCGAGAAACAACCUGGUAGUCAGCGAAAACGCCAACGCAGAAAGUCAUGGGGACCAAAGCGAUGAUUUGCUCGUUCAGAUGAGGAAUUUCAUCGCGUUGCAAUGUACAACUAUUGGACAAGCGACCACGCAAGAGAUUUUGAACGAAUUUGGUUCCAAACUUCCGCAAAGCGACUCGGUCUUGUUUCGCUCGAUGCUGAGACAAAUAUGUACUUUUAAGAGAGACUCGUCAACAAAGAAGGGGAUUUGGGUAUUGAAGGACGAGUUUAGAUAAGUGCCUGUCAGGCCAGCGGGAGGUGGGGAAGACAAGUAAGAAAAUUCUCCUAGCCUUAUUCCCACACCACUGAUUGCACUUUCUGCUUCCCCGUCUUCCGCCGAUCUGCUCUCAGAAUCAAAGAAGAUAACUUGAUGCUUCAGGAAUUAAUAGGAGCUUGGUCGCCGUAAAAAUACGAGUGCACUGCUAGUGCAAGCGUAUUCUGGGUACCAGACGGAUGAUUGGGUGCCUUAGCCACGAGCCGCGAGAAAAAACCUCUGGUACCCAGGGUACGCUUGCACUGCUUUUGCGCAGGUCAUUACUUGGCCGAAACCGGAACUGGAAACCGUGAAUGAGAGGUUUCUGACACCUCAUCCCCAGGGCUUUUUCUGGGGUGCACUGUUAGUAUAAAGCUAAUAGAAUAGUAAGGAGAGAAGUUUAAGUUUCCGUAUUAUACGAUCGUCCAAUUAUGUUGCGCUGCAAAAAGAUAUAAAGAGAAUAAAAAUGUAUUUUGAGAAUGAAAUGAAGAAAGAUUUUUUGUAUUUAUGAUAAAGUAAGAG